GCACCUGCCCUGCAAUCGUGCCAGACGGUAGCUUUGGCGAGCAAUGGAUGCCGAGCUUCUGCAACGAUUCAAUCCGGAGGAGUUCUACCGGCACUUCUUGGCCGACGGGCUGCGGCCGGACGGGCGGCAGCUGCGGCAGAGCCGGGCCGCGGAGCUGCGGAAGGGCGCCCUGGGCUCCGCAUGUGGGUCCGCCUCGCUGCGGCUGGGGCGCUCCUCCGUGCUCGCGGGGGUGCGGGCUGAGCUGGCGACGGAGGAGGCCUUGGGCCGCGUGGAGGUGUCCGUGGAGCUCCCGGCCCUGGCUGGCGCCCUCUUCCGGGAGAAGCACCGCGCGCUGGGCCUCAUGUCCUUCCUGUCCAACACCCUCACGGAGCUGCUGAACUCCCCGGCAGUGUUCGACCCGGCGCAGCUGGCAGUGCAGAAGGAGGUGUGUUGGAUGCUGAACGUCCACAUCCUGUGCCUCAACUACGAUGGCAACGCCUUCGACUUGUGCCUGCUGGCAGCCAUUGCGGCGCUGGAGGACACGCGGCUGCCAGCCUUAAUGGCGGAGUCGGGUGAGGUGCCGCGGCUGGCCGUGGCGGCGCCAGGCUCGGAGCUAGUGGCGGAGGCUCGGCAACUGGCGCUGUUGGCACGCCCGUUGCCGACGACCUUCGCGCAGAUGCCAGGCGGCCAGUGGGUGCUGGACCCCUGUGCCGCGGAGGAGUCGCUGGGCGCCUCGGUGUCGCUGUGCCUCGUGGAGGGGCGGUGGCUGGUGUUCCACCAGGGCGGGGGCGCGGACGCCGGCCGCUUCCUGGAAGAGUUGAUGCCCCUGGCGCGGGGCGAAAUGUCAAAGCUGACGCGGCUCCUGGAGAACUAGCCGCGGGGAGA